AUGCACACAGUAACAUGUGGAUGCGGACGGAUGCGCCAGGAACGCCGCUGCAAUGCAGCAAAGGCAGUCGUCUCCAAAGGACAGGUCCAACAGCCGGAAAGAUUGCCCGUACUCACGCCAUUGACUUGCGAUGAGGAAUGUUCACGUUUAGAGCGCAAUCGAUCUCUGGCUUCUGCUCUGGGUGUCGACAUCAACCAACAGACCACCGUGCAGGCGUUCACAUCCAACAAUCUCCCCUAUUCGACGGAAACUUUAGACCAAUACAUCAAAUUGGCCUCGACAGUCUCACUGUCCACCCUUCAGACAUUCGAGUCGACCUUGCACUCCCUGGCAAUAGAUACAUCGAAUCGAUCUAUCCGCUUCCAGCCUGCAAAGUCAACUCUUCGCGGAUUUACACACUCCCUCGCCACAGACUGGGGAUUCGUAACAGAAAGUCAUGAUCCAGAGCCGCAUCGCCACGUCUUCGUCCUGAAACCUUUAACAUGGACACCACCCGUCUUCGGACUGGGAACUGAGACCACCAUCGGCAUCGGUGGUAUGAGCGUACGAGAGUGCGUGAAACUCCGCGAGCGCGAGCGGAACAAGGAGCGCGAAGCACAACGUGUUGCCGCUUUAGAAGCCAAGAGCGCCCGUGACGCCGCCAAAGCACAGGCCGGCGGUAGUAGCUCGGACGGAUGGGCACAGGUUGCCUCUCGGGUUAAGAGACCGGGGGAGACUAGCAACACUAGUACUAGGAGUACCACGCCCAUUCAGAGUACUUAUUCGAAUGCGUCCAGAAAUCGCUCUAUGUUUGCUGCGCUUGCCGGUCAUAUCGAUACGGCUGGUUCCGGGCCUAAGAAGGAGAAACUUGUUCUUCGGUCUGGCGUUGGUGUUGGCAAGUCUUUGCGUACACAGACUCCUGCUGAGGUUGUUGAUAGUUGGGAAGAGGCUGAGGAGAAGGAAGAAGAGGUUGAGCGUAAACAAGAGCAAGCUGAAGCUCCCUUGGAGGCGCAGGAACAACAGAGGGAGGAACAACCCCAGGAACAGCAAGAUGGAAGUCAGGAGCAGGAAGGUCUGGUGAACGAUGCGGAGUCUCAGGAACUUGAAAUUAGUGUAUCAGAAGGCGAGGCGAAAGAGUAG